GGCAAAAGGGGAGGAUUUGUGUACUUGGAGGGAAGUUUAACCCACAGGCAUGCAGUUUACGAGGAUUAACCAUUGCUGAAUGCUUUUUGAGUUAGGAAGCAACAUCCCCUUUGUGUCUGAGGGGCAGAACUAACAAUUUUAUAGAUAUUCCUUGGCUAGCUGAAUAGAAGAAUGUAGUUCGAUGUGUGCAAGGAGUUCAUUUUGCAGCUUCUCAGUCGCUAGCUCCGCUAGCUAACGUUAGCCUCGAUAAAAGGUUAUCCACAGUUUGAUGCAUGGAUUUAGUCCGUGGGCUAAAUCGGAAGAUGCACGACGCACGAUCAUAGAUAAUCUGUAAACGGACUCCGCUGAUCAUGGAUCGAAAGGCGAGGAGGCUGCAAAGUCAACUGUGUAAAGCUGUGAACGACGGAGAUCCCAGAUCUGUGCAGCUGCUUCUUUCAGAAGGUGCAUGUCCUGACCUGGUGGGUAGUAAAGGGGUGGCAGCGAUACACUUGGCUGUUGGCAAAGAGACUGAGAAGAACACACGCUGCUUGAAAAUGCUACUUCAGUAUGGAGCCGACCCCAACAUGAGGUCAUCAGAUGGCCUGACUCCUCUUCACGUUGCUGCAUUAUGGGGAUGUUAUCAGAAUUUGAAGAUGCUCUUGAUGAAUGGAGGGGAUCCAAACAUUAAAGAUAAUGAAGGGAAUACACCACAGCAGCUUGCGGAGCAACAGGAGAAUCGAAAAUGUGCCCAGCUCCUUCAGGAAUACCAGACCAGCUCAGUGGACACAGAGGAGGAUGACUUGCCUCAAUUCCAAUACUCUGUGUAUUCAGAUCAAAUGGACAUGUCCAGCUAUCCUGAAUCAGACUACAGCUUCAGCUCCCACUCAUCUAUGAUAAGCGACUUUGGCGAAGGCCCAUUGAGCAGCACAAGACGCUCAUCGUUUUUUAACCUGUCAGGCGUUAAUGGGAGGCCAAGUUGCAGAGGAAUAUCAUAUAACAGACUCUCUGAUAUUGACACUAAGAGGCAUCACAGCCAGGACUGGAACAAUUCCUCUUCACAUUGGGCACCUGAAGGUCCCUCCAUACUAUCAAGCACCCGCAUGUCUGCAGUGGUGCCUACAGCUCCAAUGCCAGUACUUAGGGAGGAUGAUUUAUUUACUGAUGAAGAUCAUGCUGCUACAACUGAUGGCAGAGUCUCUCCCUCCAGAAGAGACACUCUUCCAGCGUUUCCGUCCAGGCGAGCGAGCCGCAAGAGCGUGAGCUUCAAGGAUGUGGAUGAAUAUUUCCCUGUUUUUAGCCCUGAAUCUCCAGCACAGCAGCCUGCUGCCGAUGGCAGCCAGUGCACCAGCAGCUUACCCUUUGACCUCUCCGAGUACUCCGACUUUCUGGAUUCAGAGCGCAUGGCCACUGUUUUACACAAGCAGGGCAUUGAUGUCACAUCGCCGGAUCACGUUUUUAUUUUCUGCAGGGAGAGCAGCACGAGCACUGAAGAUGACAUGGACAAAACAGUCAUCAGUCAUUGUGCUCUGGAAGAGAGUGACAAUGAACAGGAGGGGGAAAAUUUAAAAGAACCUCCGGUGAAUGUACCUGAACAGCCAGCACGUUCAUGUGGGGGCAGCAGUAGCAGCGGGACCACUAGUAGCCAUUACAGUAGCUGUGACAGUGACCAUUAUACUAGUGCUCUAGAAGCUUCUAUACACUCCAGAAAUGUUAUACUCCCCGCAGAAGAGGAGGUUUCUGUUGGAGCUGAAUCUGGUAAAAAGACUGAGAUUUCUACAGACUCUGAUUCUGAAUUUACAAGGAGAGGUGGGAAUCUCACACCUGUUCAACCCCACACAGAUUCACAACCUGAAACUACAGAGCAUUUACCAGGUAUUCUUGAUAAACUGACUUUGAAUGAAAUAAAACACCCAAACAAUGAUGAACUCGUGUGUAGUGGUCCUGAUGUGCAUACAGCAUGCAAAGAUGACAAGGUGGCUACAGAGCUAACGACCGACACCAAAUCUAACAAUGCAGGUGAGGUGUUAGAGGAAAUGGCCGACCUUCCAUUCACACCCAGUCCUUUUGUAACUGGCAGGACUCGCUCGAGGUUGAGUCGCUGCUCACUGAGAACGAGCAGAACGCCCGAGAGCCUCUUCCUCACGUCUUAUCUGUUUGAGGAGACCCUGCCCACCCCAGUUCGAACACGCCGUCAGACACCCAGGCCUCAGAGGAGUGAGGACCACUACAGUUCACCACGUGCACCUUAUUAUACAUCAUCCUAUUCAGGGGGUAGAGCAGGAGGAGGAGGAGGAGACUCUUUGCCUUCUGACCGCCAAGACACACAGUCAAGCACUCUCAGAGCUAGUUCAAGUGUUAGCAAUAGCCAAGCGAUACCUUCAUCCUCUCCAAGAGCAUAUGGCAGUGCUGCUGAAUCACAGACUUUAUCUGAAACAGUCUUACUGGAGAAAAGCCAGGACUCUUCAGUGGAUGCUUAUGAAAGAAACCUUGCAGAGAUUGCACGAGCUAUGCAAGGCCAAGACCGGGAUCUUGCUGAAGAGAGGGAUUUUCUGACUGAUGAUCUGACAAGUACAGAUGAGGCGGUGACAAAGGGAAACAUAAAUGACGCCCCUGUUGAAAACAGUGUGGACAGCCUAAAAAACGAAGACGUCAGGAUCACUGAGGACCGUAGCUCUCAGUCUGAUUCUGCCUCAUCCUCAUCGAGCUCCAGCUAUUUUUCCCCAAGGAGGUCAAAGGAAGACUCUGAUCUUCCAUGCACCCCGGGCACCGGAUGCACCCCCAGGUACAGCAUGAGCAGGCUGUCGAGCUGCCGCAGGCCACAGCACCUCGCUAGCCUGUCUUACACACCCGGAGGGCGCCCGCUCAUUCAGGAUCUGGACGAACCGGUGGAGUACCUCUAUACAGACACAGAGCAAGGCCACAAGCUGAUCGAGACCCAUGUCCCGCCUACAGCGAACACCUCACUCAGCUCCAGCAUGAGUACUACCAGCAGUGAGGAGACCGUCAUCUAUGACUGGUGUUCCAUGCAGACUGAAAUGAUGAGCAGCAGAGGAAAGGAGAACCAGAAGCCACAGGUGGUGCCACAGAAAGAAAAACAAGAUGAGGGUGUGGACCGUUUGUUGCAAGAAACAAAGGGGAUGACUGACAAGGAGCUGAGACUGAGACUAGUGGAGUUGGGGGAGAGUCCCGGUCCUAUCAGCAGCCGCACCAGGCCCACGUACAUGCGAAGACUGUGCCGUCUGUUGCAGGAGUCAAACUCCCAAUCACCACAUCCUCAGAAGCAAUUAGACCAGCCGCAAACAGAUCUAAGUUACAGUCCAGAACUGUGUCGGGCCCUGCUGACCUUCGAGCUGCCUGACUGCCAGGCAGAUGAGCAGGCUCUCUGCCAGCAGUUUGACCAACCAGAUCAAAACAGAAAGUGGAGGGAGGGCAUCAUCAAGUCCAGCUUCAACUACCUGCUGCUCGACCCAAGAGUGACGAAAAACCUCCCAUUCCGCAGUCACACCAUGACUCCACAGGAGUGUUUUCAGACAUUUAUCCAUGCUAUAUUUUAUGUGGGAAAAGGAAAACGCUCCCGCCCUUACAGCCACCUGUAUGAAGCUUUGGAGUACUACACAGGGGACAAGACCUCCAAGAAAUUGUGCCCCAAAGUGCAGCACAUCCUUCAGGUGUGGAACGCUGGGCAGGGCGCCAUCUCUCUGCAUUGUUUCCAGAACGUCAUUCCAGUGGAGGCUUACACAAGAGAGGCCUGCAUGGUGGAGGCCAUCGGUUUGAAAAUGCUCACCAAUCAGAAGCGAGGGGAUUUCUAUGGUGUGGUAUCCAACUGGCAGGUGAAGCGGAAGCGGGAGCUGGGCGUCCAUCUUCUCUAUAGGGCCAUGCAGAUCUUCCUGGCUGAGGGUGAGAGACAGCUCAGACCAGCAGAUAUCAGACAGUAGGGACCCCUGCUGGAGUCGCAUAUGAGCAGCAACAAAAAGACCAACACAGAGAGGGGGAAACACCACUACUAGUUCAGGGUAGAAAGCAAUCCUUACUUGAACAGUUUUGCACUAGAAAUGAGUUGGGGUUUACAACACCAGGUUCACUGCUACCUGCUGUCUUACUGUCUUUCUGCUGCAAAUAAACUCUGAUCACUCCUUCCUCAACAAUAUACAGUUUGUGUCAUGCAUGACAUAUAUCCAUAUUUACAUCCCUUGAACUUGCCAGUGAAGAUCAUCUUGCUUGUUUGCCAUUUUAAAAUGUCUACUUAAAGAUUCCACUUUUAGAAAUGUGUUGAUACAGAAGUGAUACAGAUGUGAACUGGUGAUGCUUUUCCUCAAUGCAUUGCCCAGAUUAGACAAAAAAUAACCAUUUUAUAAAAAACACUUAAAGUGGAACAAUAUAAUUGAGUAUAAAUUAAGGAAAAAUUGUGGGUGAAUGAACAUGAACAUGAUGUGGAAGACAAAUUUGUAACUGCAGGUCUUUCAUAAGUCACAACAAAGUUAUUUUCCAAAAACAUUAAUCCCAGUGGGACACUUUUCUUCUCAUCUGCUGUUGUACUAAUGACUUUUUCAGAUUGAUCCGCAACCAAACUCAAAUUAGCUGGUGCCACAUUGCACACAAACAAGUUGAAACACAAUGUCUUAAAAAGUAUUUUCCAAAGAGGCUGGGAGAGCUGUAUUAACAAACCAUAGUUAAUAAUGUUACUUUUGUCAUGUUAAGAAAAGAUGUGGUAGUGAAUUUAUCCAGUAAUUGGUAUUUAGUAUGAAAGGUUUCUUGAAUAAAUCAACAAUGAAUUGUAGAGUUUUAGAACCCUGGUGUUUGCUAAAAUACAAUAUGAUUUGUUCACAUGGCUGGAUUUCUAUUUACUCUGCCAUUUUGUUAUUGUUAAAAAAAUGCACUGCAGGCAAGCCGAUGAUGCGAUAGUGUCCAACAUUAAUUGGUGUUUGUAUGUGUACAAUUCUUUUAGAAAUGUCAGUAUAAUCAGAUGUUAUGCAAAGACAGGAUGCUUGAGCUUGUCAGUAGAACAUCAGCACCUCAGUGUUGAGAUAUCCAAAUUAGUAGCAAAGUUUGUGUUAUCUUAUAAUGCUGUAGUGACCUGUGUAGGAUAUUCAUACUGGGGUUACAGUCUUUUUUUGUUGCUUAUUAAAAUGUAAUGAAAAACCGAGAUAUGUAAAAUGAACGUCCACAUUUCCAUGUUGGAAACAUUAGUGACCAGGGUGGUGGGCUUCAAAACCAUUCAUUAUCUCCUCAGGGUAAUACACUUGAUCAAUUAUCUGUAAGCUGCACAUUUAUUUCACGCAACAGGCUUUAAGAAUCAAAAUUACAAACCAGAUUUUUUUUUUUUCAAAAAUAUAAUUUUUUACAUUUUCAACCUCUAAGUUUUAAUUAUCCAAUUAAUCAUGUGGAAAUACUUGCCUCUAUUAAUUAAACUUUAAAACCAUUUUAAUAGUACAUUAACAUUCAUUAAGUGUUUAGACACCUUUUUGGGUUUUAGGUUUUCAUAGUUAUAAAGCCUUCAUUCUGAUCAAUGUUUGAUUUUUUCUUGAUUGCUUGUCAGAACACAUCUAUCAGUCAGUAUAGUCAUUCAAUCAGUGUAAUACUUGUAAUAAUUUCUGCAUACAUGUAUAACAUGCUUUCUUGUCAUGAUCAAUAACUUCUGCUGUUACUGCUGUGUUCCCCCCUUACUCUGCACUUAUGUAGAAAAAUACAGAAGAUAUAAACCUGAA